AUGUCGGAUUGCCUUAGGUUUAUUCUAUUGACCUCUCAUUCUCUCGUAUUAUUCUUUGUUCUGCCCCCUACUCUUUACCACAUCCUUUAUAAACGUGAUCCUAUUUACCAGGGUUAUAGAUCUCUAGUCAUACUAGCUUUACUCAAUAUUAUGCCUCAUCCUACUACCACCCCUUGGACUCUGUUUAAAUCACUUGAUCUCUCCUUUUAA